CCCCACGGUAGAAAACUAGCCGUCUUGUUACUUGAACGAGGCAGCUGUUAUUAUAUUUGCAAGGCUCUUCAAGUGCCCUGUUUCCCAUUCCCAUGUUUCUUCUACUUCUUUCCUAUUAACACCUCCCUCGCUGCAUUUAUAUCUCUCCUUCAAUACCUAAUGAGAAUGUUUUUUUGUAUGCUGUUGCUCUCUUCGCUUUAGGUCUUUUUGAGUUGAGACACACUUGCCUCUCUCUUCUUCCUCCAAGUCUCAUGUCUGCUGAAUCUUAACUUAUCUCAUACAGCACUUAUUUUGAAGUGCUUGUCUUCAGUCUCUAGCAUAACCUGUUUGCACUGAUCAUGGAUUUCAACACAAAAGGAUCAGAGUCAGAGGACAUGGAUAAUACUCAAUCAAGUAAGGGUAACGAGAUCAAAAGAAGAUGCAUGGAUUGCCAAACUACAAGAACCCCAUGUUGGCGAGGCGGUCCGGCUGGUCCCAGGACACUUUGCAAUGCAUGUGGGAUCAGACAGAGGAAGAAGAGGAGAGCACUUCUUGGGUCUGACAAAGGAGGAGCGGAGAGGAGUAAAAAUAAGAUUGCUAAAAGCAGCAAUAGUAGUAAGCUAGGAGUUUCAUUGAAGCUAGAUUUGAUGGGUUUUAGAAGAGAUGGGAUAUUGCAGGAAGAUUGGAAGAGAAAACUGGGAGAGGAAGAACAGGCUGCCAUACUCUUGAUGGCCUUAUCUUGUGGCUUGGUCCGUGCUUAGGAUAAGAUAAAGGAAAGCAUUUUUCUUCUGCGUGGCUUUCUAGUUGUCUUCAAGUUUAAACCCCAAUCAAUAUUCAAUGUUUUUUGAUGGGGAAAUUGCAACGUGUAAAAUUGCAAAAUGAUCAAGCACUUACAUGAAUACAAACAAUGAUUUCUUUUCACAUUA